AUGUCACAAAACCAGAACAACUCUGACGAUGCCCAUGACAGGCGCCUUGAGGACCCCACCGAGGAAUCGCCCUUGCUCCAGUCCUCCCCAAAGCCCGACUCCCGUCCCGCCACCGCUUUAAUUAACCAGGGCUCCUGGCGUCGCAUGGCCGGUGUCUUCCUCCUUAUGACCGUCUCCUACCUCGUCAUUGGUGCCAUCGUCAGCUACAAGAGACUCUCCCUCCCCGCGCCCAUGUCUGUCGCCGAUGCUGUCAGGCCUAAUGAUUUCUCGGCCGAGUGGGCUUGGCAACAUCUGGAGCAGAUUGCCCAAAAACCCCAUCCCAUCAAUUCGCGUGAGAACGUCCGCAUUCGCGAGUAUCUCGUCCAGACCGUCAAGGGGCUUCAGAAGGAGGCCCAGCUGUUGAACCAGACUAUUGAAUUAGGUGUUGACGACGUUCAUCUGACGCAGACCAGGAACUACCUUGGCAACGUCUCCCGUCUGGAGUAUUACGAAUCGUCGAAUGUUCUUGUUCGGGUUGUUGGUACCGAAGGCCGAGCUGAGGGCAGCCUAACGGGUUAUGCUGAGGCGGUUGUUGUGGAUGCUCACUAUGACUCGGUCUUGAUUGGUCAUGGUGCUACCGACGACGGCAUCGGUGUAUCCGUCUGCUUGGAGAUGAUUCGUAACCUCAUCAACCACCCCGUCAAGCACAACGUUAUCUUCAACAUCAACAACGGUGAGGAGGUCGGCCUUUAUGGAGCCGCCGCCUUCAUGAAGCACCCUUGGUCCAAGGAUGUCAAGGCCUUCGUCAACCUCGAGGGAGCUGGUGCCGGUGGACGCGCUCUGCUUUUCCGUGCUAGCAACCAGGCCCUCGCUCAUGCCUACAGCAAGGACGGCAACUCGCCUCAUGCUAACGUCUUCGGUAACGACAUCUUUAAGCUCGGUCUCAUCAAGAGUGGUACCGACUUUUCCGUCUACACUGGCAGCAACAUCCCUGGAGUUGACAUUGCAUUCUACAGUCGCAGAGCCUUCUACCACACUCUCCACGAUGACAUUGAGCACACCUCUAAGGGAUCUGUUCAGCACAUGGGGAUCACUGGAUUGAACACGGUCCGCAACAUUGCCGACUCGGACUACUUGAUCAAACCCAAGAAGAUUGUUAGCUCCGAGGCUUCGAUCUACUACGACAUUGCAGGGUUCUUCAUGCUGACCUACUCGUUCAACACUUACCUGACCCUAAACUACAACUUGCUCAUCAUCGCACCCAUCUUUGUUGCUUGGGCCGUCAUCUCGUCCGCCAAGCAUGGCCUAACCUUGGGCAUCGUUCUGAGAAGCUACCUGUCCUUGAUCAUCAGCUUUGUGGUGGCCAUUAUCUCCUCGGUAAUCUUUGCCAAGAUUUUGGACAGAAUCAACCCUAUGCUCGUCUAUGGUGAGCACUGGUUGGCAUUCAUGUUCUUUUUCUUCCAGUGCUGCAACACUAUCAUUUGCGUCCAGUGGGCCUGGGUCCGUCUUGAGCUCUGGCUCAGAGGUGACAGCUUUGGUCCUCUCGAGGUUGCCCUUGAGCGUAUCCGCGUCGAUUCGGAGCAGGUUUCCAACGUUGGCAUGGUCCUCUUCUGGUGGACCUUGUUGAUCGGUGCUACUGUUAUCGGUCGCUCUCAGGAAAUUGGUCUCUUUUACUUCAUCAGCUGGUUCACCGUUACUUCGAUGAUCUCUGCCUACUUUGCGGUGUACCCCAGACGCAGAGGCACCCCCUGGACUCUCGCUCGUCUCUGGAUUAACUUUGUGCCUUUGAUGAUGGUUCUCGAUGUCGCCAUUACCAACAUGAUCGCCAUGGGCCAGACCCUUGUUGACGGAACUCCCUCCUUUGCCAUUAUGGCGCUGUUCUCGCUCUGCGCAUUGAACUGCGUGAUGCCUUUGAUCCCGACGAUCCACCGCUCAGCCAAUUUCCGCAAGAUGGGUCAAGUCAGCUUGUUCUUUUCCGUGGUCCUGUUGAUCUCCUGCUGCAUCGUCUUCCCUUACUCGGCCCAGGAGGCUCCCAACAAGCUGGUCUGGCGCCAGAUCCACGAUCUCGACAAGGAUACCUCCUAUGUGACCGUCAAGACUGUCAACAACCUGGGGACCAUCUUGGACAUGGUCCCUGCUGCCGCCAAGAAGAGAAAGUGCAGCCCUGACCCCGUGAGCAACGGCGCCUUGACUCAGUGCGUUUACUUUGGUGCCACCCCCAAGCUGGUUGUCGAAUCCAAGAAGGCUGGUUUUGAAAUUAUUAAGUCUACAGUCUCAGCCCCCGAGCACCACAAGGAGGUUAUUGGCGAGGCUCAGAUCGAGGCUAACCAUUUGCUCCGUAAGGUUCACGUGAAGUGGACUGCUCUCGACUCGAGACUGUGUGCUAUCCAGUUCCCAUCCAACUCGAGCCUUGUGUCCUUGAAGCUCGCUGGAUUUGAUGACCCCGAUGAGGGUUAUCGUACCCCUCAGGUCGAUGCGGCGAUCCGUUUGGGCAUGACUGCCUUCAAGCGCGACUAUGACCAGGAGUAUGAUUUGGAGGUUGCAUAUGAGGUCGAGAACGAGGAUGCACCUGCUCUGGAAGGUAUCCUUGCCUGCCUGUACGACGAGUGGGAUAACGACCAGAUCCCUGCUUUUACUGACAUGAAGAACCACCUUCCCCAGUGGGCUUUGCUUGGUGGUGGAAAGGGACCUGGUCUCCUCACCAUCCAGAAACACAUCCAUGUCUAA